AUGCCGUCAAUGGAUCGGAUGGCCGAAGACCAGGCCGUGGCUACUUCGGCCCGGCGCGCGCCGGCCGAAAACGGCCAGCCCUCCUUGAGGGCUUUCCGGGAGCGAACGGCUCGUCUAAGUCUCGUAGGCGACUCUGAGUCCCCAGCCGGCUCAAGCCCUUUGCCGCUACACGCCAAUGCAACAGAAAAAGACACGAAAUCUUCACCUACGUCGGAAUCUUUCAAGAAAGCAGUUGUAGACCGGCGCUGGUCGUCAUGUUGGAUACUAGCAGCCAUAAUCACAUCGGCCAUUUGGGGCUAUAUUACGCUCUUCCUAUUGGAUACAUCUCGCCAAGGCUACUUCCGGAAGAGAAGCGGUGUUGACCCCUUCGAAAAAUGGGGCAAGGCCGGCACCGGGACCGAAAAGCUCGCCUGGUACCCUACCGAUUUCCUGCGCGAUGUACAGCCGGUCCGGUGCCACUCGCACAACGACUACUGGCGCAAAGUGCCCCUAUUCUCGGCACUGUACGCCGGCUGCACCGGUGUCGAGGUCGACCUGUGGCUGCGUAACGGCGACCUGUUAGUCGGUCACGAUGAGGCAUCUCUGCAGCCCGAUCGCACCUUUCAGUCUCUCUACGUCAAUCCUCUUGUGGAGAUCCUGACCCGGCAAAAUCCCCAUACGGCCUACUACAAUGGCAGCUACAAUGGCGUCUUCGACACCGACCCGAGUCAGACCCUCGUCCUCCUGAUUGACCUGAAGAGUGAUGGCGCUGAGACCUGGCCCUUAGUAAUGAAGCAGCUGGCACCGCUCCGCGAGAGAGGCUGGCUGAGCUACUACACCAACGGGCGAUUCGUCGAAGGGCCCGUCACGGUGGUCGGCACGGGCAACACGCCCUUUUCGCAGAUCGUCCAGAACGCGACUUACCGGGACGCCUUCUUUGAUGCGCCUCUGGACCAGCUGGAGAACUCCAAGUACGAUUUGUCCAACUCGUACUAUGCUAGCGUCUCCUUCUGGAAGGCGAUUGGCAUGGUGCUGUGGAGGGGUACGCCGAACGAAUCGCAGAUGCGCAGUAUUCGACGGCACAUCCGCGAGGCACACAAGAGGGGCUUAAAGGCGCGGUACUGGAAGCUACCGUCAUGGCCGGUCCAUGUGCGGAAUAAUAUCUGGGAGGUGCUCAUUCGCGAGGGAAUUGACAUGCUGAAUGUAGACGAUCUGGAGGCAGCUGCUCGUCAGGAUUGGACGGACGUCGGGAUCUUUUAG